AUAAGCUUUAUUAAUAUAUAAUGUUAUGUUUUUGUUUUUUUUUUAGAUUUUUGUAGAAGGAUUACAUAAGUACUUCCAAUUAGGGCCGAAUUUGGAGAGGAUGUUUCCAAGACUUAUCGACCUGACUGAAUUACAUUUAGGAUUCUUAGCGAGACUUAGACAAAGACAGAGAGAAUCUCCUGUCGUAUCUUCCAUUGCAGAUAUUCUUUUAGAAACGUUUUCCAGUAAUCACGCUGCAAGAUUAAAAUCGGCAUACGGUGAAUUCUGUAGCAGGCACAGAGACGCUGUGGAAAUAUACAAAUAUUACCUACAAAACGAUCAAAGGUUCGGCGAAUUCGUAAGGCACUGUCAAACGAAUCCUCUUCUCAAAAAGAAGGGAAUCCCUGAGUGCAUUUUAUUCGUGACGCAACGUCUUACGAAGUACCCACUUCUGAUCGAGCCCCUGAUAAAAACUAGCAAAGAUAACAAACCUGAACAAGAAGCACUACAAAAAGCAUUGGCAUUAGUGAAAGAAAUUUUGGUAGAAGUCGAUGCUCAAGUGGCUGAGAAAGAGAAAGAAGAUCGCAAAUUAGAAAUCUAUAAUAGGAUCGACGCCAAAUCUAACACCGUGUACCGAGGGCAGAAGUUUAGAAAAUCGGAUAUACUACAAGGCAAUCGUUCUCUUAAAUUCGAAGGGGUGGCGAUGUUAAUGCAAGGCAGAGGAAAGAUGCAAGUUGUUUUAGUUAUAGUUUUAUCUGACGUUCUGUUUUUCUUGCAAGAAAAUUCGCAUAAAUAUACGUUUUUCACUCCAGUAAGUAAAACAGGUGUAGUUUCGUUGCAAAAAUUAUUGGUGAGAGAAAUAGCUGGUCAAGAUUCGAGAGGAAUCUAUUUGAUUUCGUCAGACCCUGCCGAUCCAGAAAUGUUCGAGCUGAAAGUUCAUAAACCCAAAGACAAACAAGUAUGGAUAAACGCAAUAAGGGAAGCAGUACAGUCAUGCCCUGAGGAUGAAGAGGAUACCAUAGCUCUUAGUUCCGAAGAAAAACAAACUCUGAUGAAUGCUAAACAAAACCAAGUGCGUCAAUUAAUUGGACAACUACGGCAGAAAGAUAUAGAGCAAGCUUUAUUAUUAGAAGAAAAGAUGUCACUACAGCUGCGACUGUUGGCUGCAGCAGGAUUAGAACCGCCUUCGCCACCCUCUUAUAGGCAUUUGGUUAGCGAAAAUGCUGAUGCUGGUCAGAUGUGGAAGGUAGUCCUAACGGCUGUGCAGGCAAUAAGUCAAUUGGCGAGUUCAUUGUACACGACAGGCACGAAUCUUUCAAGAAGUGUCAGCUCUGCAGGUGAACACCAAAGCGAAACCUACGUCUCACCAAUACUGCCGAAACGGGCAGAAACGUUUGGCGGUUUCGACAACAACCAGGGUCCCUUUAAACUGCUGGGGAAGAAACUUUCAACGUCCGGAACACCCGCUGGUACUCCCGACUUUGAGAAUCUCAAACCUGGUGAUUCAAGACUAUUUGAACGGUUGCCUUAUAGAAAUUGUGUGAUAACAGGAGGGCCUUUAAUAAAUGGCAAUAUUUUAAAUGUAAAUAGCGAAUCCCCUCAACAAUCUCAACAGCAUUUGACAACGGCUCCUGACGGUCCGGCCUUAUUGUCACUUGGACGAGAGCAACAGUUGGCUGCUAUUCAGUUGUCACAUUACGUUUACACCUUGUUGUGCAUUAUUUCCCAGUUGAUGACAACAAAUGAAAGUCUACAAGCUCAAAACGUAACAUUGAAAGGUGGUGCGGAUUCAAAGCAAUAUCGACAUAAUCAACAAUUAGAAGAGCUUAGGAACCUGCAAGAUAAAUUGAGUGGAGAGAAAGCGGCUUGGAACGCUUUAAAAGAACAGGAAACCAAAGAACUGGAAGAGAAAAAGGCGGAACUGCAAAGGUUGCAAGAACAAAUUCGUGCCGAACAAGAAGACAUCACACAGCAAAGAGAACAACUAUUCAGGAAGAUGGAGAUGCUGUCUAGUAAGGGAUUACUGAGUAACGUUCCGAUAAGUCCCUCGGUUAUCGCCGAUGAUAGUAGCAAGGAGACUUCGGAAGACAGCAGUCCUCAAUCGGACUCUUCUUCUGCCACAAGCGCUUCAGGAGGAGGCAGUAGUUUAACGCACUCAUCUUCUUCCGUAGACAGGAGGAAAGAUUCCAAGUGGGCCAAAGGGAAUCUACAAGUAAAAUCACAACUUCCAUUAAACCUAAUAUCCGCCACAAAUCAGCAAAAAGUGUCUCAAAACGUACACAUUAGGCAACAGAUUCCUCUGAAGUUAGCUUCGAAGUUGAGUGGAGACCUUCCUAAACCUACUAUGGGAGGUGUACAACAGAUGCUGCCGUUGAAGUUGAGCCAAGACGAAAAAGUUCGAAGAACCAGUACAUCUGGAUAUCAGAGAUUAGGAUCAGAUAAUAGUUUUAGUCCUCCUUCGGGAGAAACGACACCCACAACUAUGCCUCACGUGCACAGUAGAACAGGCUCAAGUCCGGCGAUGAUGCAGGCCUCUCCGCCAAACUCGGCUCCCUCCAGCCAAUGCCAAAGCCCCGGAGGAGCCAAAGCGACUCGCACACACACCUAUCCGAAAUUGCCGGAUAAAUUCAAGGUCAGGAACGAUCAACAACCGCCCACCGACGAAGAGGUAAUAUAUUUCUGACGACUCUCCAGCAGGACUAAACAUUUUUUCUGUUCGCUUAUUAAUACGAAGGUAUAGGAUCUUGUUAUCAACGUGGUUUUAAUUUGUUUAUAUUUUUGACGUGGUUGAUGUAUUUUGAAUGAUUUUUAUGCAACAUUCAACGUUUAUAUGUAUAAAAUUGCCAAACAGGGUUUUAUAGUAAAUAUAUUUAACUAUUAGUUACACACAAUCUAAAAGAAAUCAUUUAUUAUUAAUAUUGACUAGAAGAGUCAUUCAAAUCCGUUUUUUCAUAAUACCUUCAAUAAAACUAUUGUGUAUAUGACACAUACAGAGACAUAUAAGUUGUCAAAAGCUAUUAAGCUUUGACAUAUGACAUCUGACAAAUUAUGAGGCGAGUCCAUUCCGGGGAGUAAAAAGCUGGAAGCUGAUUUUUACUGAAGUUGGUAAUUUUCCAAUAGUAAUUGAAACAGUAGAUUCUUCUUUUCUUUUUGUCCAUCUUACAUGAGCUGGUAAAUCAUCAAGUGGGUAUGAUACAAGUAGUAGGUUAAAUAUAAUCAGCCAGGUGAGUCUCAUCGCGGGCGUCAUCAUUACAAAGCUUAUACAUAUGUGACAUACAUGUGAAAUGAACUACAGUAUUCACCCUCUCUUGAAAUCUCUGUUGUAAAUCUCAGCACAUCAUGUCAAAGAAGUAAAAUCUUCUUUAUUUUACUUUAUCUAAAAUUAUUAAACUAAAUUUAAG